GUUCCAAGCGCUAUGAAUGAAUCAGUUAGUUUCGUUUCUGAUGGGAAUGGGAUGGUAAAUCUUCAUCAUUUUCCCAAUGGAGAAGGAGACACGGAUCCUUGCGAAACACGGAUCAGAGGUAGAGAUCAACGACAAAGAUGAAGAGAAGCCGAAGCAAUCAAAGGAUCUGGAGUUUCUGAGCUGUAUGAUGCAACCGGCAACAGCCGAAUCAGAUCCACAGUACAUCGGAAUCCGCCGAAUUCUUCUCCACCGAAAAUCCGAAUCGGGCGCUAUCUCUCGUCGUUAUGAUUGGAGAUGCAAUGGUAAAGGAUAUGUAGCGUAUCGUAAUUUCAUAAGCAGACCUAGAAAAUGGGAGAAUCUCAGAACGCCAAGCCUCUUAAGUAGUCCAGGGAACAGUGGUCGAUGGUUACCUUCACCAGGCCCACUCUCCCAUCAAUUUGAAGCCGAGAGCUUCAGUUCUAGUAGAGAUUUACGGAGUGCUAAUCAGGUUUCGAGCCGGAGGUUGAGUUUCAGCUCGAGUUUGAGUGAUGGUGAUCAUUCCUUUCGUCGCGGUGGUGGUUUUGAACAUGCUUAUUCUUUUGUUGGAAUGCAUUGCAUCUUCGACCAAUGCAAAUCUUCUGUCACUGUUCUGAAGUUUGGCCAUAUGAGUUCUGAUCUACUUGCAUAUGGAGCAUCAGAUGGAACCUUAACUGUUUGUACUCUCUCCGAAGAGCCUUCUGUCCUUAAGCAGUUGACAGGCCACUCUAAAGAUGUCACAGAUUUUGACUUCUCGUCAAACAAUCAGUACAUUGCGUCUUCAUCACUUGAUAAGACAAUACGAGUAUGGGAGUUGUCAAGAGGUGUUUGUAUUAGAGUUAUAUAUGGAGUCUCCGCACAGUUUUGUAUACGUUUUCACCCUGUUAAUAACAAUUUCCUUUCUGCUGGAAAUGCAAACAAGGAAGUCACGGUGUUCAAUUUCAGCACUGGGAGAACUAUUAAAACACUGUCGUUCGAGGGUGAGGUGACAGCUAUGGACCAUGACCACACUGGCCAAAUCAUUUUCUGUGGUGACGGACAGGGAACUGUAUAUUCAGUGAGCAUGGAUUCUCAUACAGGUUCAUUAUCCCGGUCUCAUCGCCAUCGUACUAAUCACAAAUCUCCGGUCACAACUGUGAAGUAUCGAAGCUUCUCCCUCCUGGCAUCAGGUCCUGUACUUCUCACAUGUACUCAGGAUGGAAACUUAUGUUUCUUCAGUGUUGCGCUUCAGAUAAAAGGCUACCUGACAUUGCGUUGCUCCCUCAAAUUGGCCCCGAGGAUACACAGAAUCCAAGCAUCGUUUUGCCCGCUUUUAUCCCUAGAGAAAGGAGAGUACAUAGUUGCUGGGAGUGAAGACUCGAAUGUCUACUUCUACGAUCUAACGAAACCGAAACACACGUGUGUAAACAAGCUACAGGGUCACAGGUUUCCAGUAAUGUGCGUUGCGUGGAACCAUGGAGAGAACUUGUUGGCCUCGUCUGAUUUCUACGGUGUUGUUAUUGUAUGGAAAAGAGCAAAGACAAGCUCAUGAGGUUUGUCUAUAAUCCAUUAUAAACGAAUCGAAAUCCGCCAGCCAGUUUUGCCAGUAAAGGAUUUUGGUUUCUUGCUUCAUCUCUGUAUCGCUAAUCUUAACCAUGUGAAUUUUCGUUUAUAAGUUCUAAUUGUGAAAACUUCGAAGUUGAUUCUCGA